CUACUACGUACGGAUGCCCGCAAGGAGAAAAAGCUUCUGGUAUGUUUACGCGAUUUAACGACUACAGCUUACGGAACUCCCCUCCUCAGAACAGCACGAUCUCUCACGAUCACACACCGGGUUGAAGUGAACUUUGAGGCAACCUCAGUCCGAAGUUCAAGUUACAGCCCCGACGCGACAGCUCAGUCGGAGCAGGCAGCAGAUAAGUGAUUAUCGGGUCACGCCAUCCCCUCAGCCUAUCAAAAACAGCAGCAUGAGCUGAUCAUGGAGGAAGUGGGACCGAUUUGAAGAAGGAGAGGAGAAAUACGGCUACGAUGGGGAGUCAGCGGAAUGGUUUUAAGAAGGAAAGCUUCAUCUUGUCAGUGGACGUUGGUACAACGUCAAUUAAAUGUCAUGUCUAUGACAAGGAGGCAAAAAUCCGGGGAUCAUGCAUCACCAAGGUUGUCCCCUUGUAUCCAGAGGUGGGACAUGUGGAGAUGGACCCAGAUGACCUGUGGAAAGGGUUUAUCACUGUGGUUAAGGGAGCAGUGCAAGAUGCAGGUGUACAAAUGCGUCAGAUAGAAGCUCUCGGCAUUUCUACUCAACGAGGUACCUUCACUACAUGGGACAGGAAAACUGGAGUUCCUUUCCAUAACUUCAUCAGCUGGCAGGAUCAGAGGACCGCAGACCUGGUGAAGUCCUGGAACAGAUCCUGCACCAUGAAAGCAAUCCACGGCGUCAUGAAGAUGGUCUACUUCCUGACCAGACAGAAGCGAUCCCUCGCAGCGAGUCUCAUCGUCUUCUCCACUCAGCACGUCACCUUUCGCCUCGUCUGGGCCCUCACACACUACAAGCAGGUUCGUCAAGCAGUAGAUGAAGGCAACUGCUGCUUUGGGACAAUAGACACCUGGCUGCUGUUCAAACUCACAAAAGGACAGGUCCAUGCCACAGAUUACUCUAAUGCCAGUGCAACAGGGAUUUUCGACUCCUAUCAGAUGUGUUGGAGUGGCUUUCUCUCCUCUCUUGUGUCUCUGCCUCUGUCUAUUUUCCCCAAAGUAGAAAAUACAGGCUUUGACUUUGGUUCCACGGACCCGUCCAUCUUUGGAGUGUCCAUUCCCAUUAUGUCAGUGAUGGCAGACCAGCAGGCGGCCAUGUUUGGAGAGUGCUGCUUCGACGUUGGUGAUGUAAAGAUCACCAUGGGAACAGGCACCUUCAUGGACAUCAACACUGGGAGCAAACCGCAUACGUCUGUAGCAGGUCUGUAUCCUAUUGUGGGGUGGAAGAUCGGCUCUGAGGUGGUCUACCUGGCGGAGGGGAACGCAGCAGACACAGGGACCGCCAUCAAAUGGGCUCAGAGACUGGAGCUCUUCUCUGAUGUCACAGAGACCAGUGAUAUGGCUUACAGUGUCAGUGACUCAGACGGAGUUUGUUUUGUCCCUUCCUUCAGCGGCCUGCAGGCUCCUUUGAAUGAUCCCAAAGCUUGUGCUUCCCUCAUGGGCCUCAAACCUUCCACCACUAAAAGCCAUCUGGUCCGUGCCAUUCUGGAGUCUGUCGCCUUCAGAAACAAGCAGCUCUACGAGACGAUGCUAAGAGAGACCCGCAUUCCCAUCACAAAGAUCAGGGUUGACGGGGGAGUUUCCUCCAACGACUUCGUCCUGCAGCUGACUGCGGACCUGUUCGGCAGAAAGGUGUCCAGGCCCCAGCACAACGAGAUGUCGUGUUUGGGGGCCGCUUUUGUCGCCGGACUUGGAGUUGGAUUCUGGAGGAGCCGGGAAGAGCUGAAAAAGCUGCAGAGCACCGACACAAUGUUCUUGCCCCGGGGUGCAGCCAAGGAGGGCGCCGGCAGCACAAGUCGGGAGUACAUCCCCGUCCUCCAGAGCUGGGAACGGGCUCUGCGUCGCUCCAUGAAUUGGUACAAGCAGCCUUGACACUGGAUCCGCACACGGGGUUUGACCGAAUGAAAAGAUAGAAGUGAUGUUUGGGAACGUGUGAAAGCUGAUUUUAAAUUCAAUUACUGCUCGAAGAAAUGACGACCAUCAGCUGUGACGGUGAAAUGAAUUUAACAGUUAAUGUGUUUUCUGAACCACAUCCUGAACCGCUUACUCUAAAGCCGUGGUAUGAAGCUUUUAGUGAUGAUGGAGGUGCUGGUGUGCAGAUUUUCUAGGGGGAACAACAACAUGUUUUUUCAUACAUAAAGCAGGAAACACAACUGAAGGUGCACUGACGUAAUGGUACAGCACUGAUGACUGCGGCUGAAAGCAGGAUUGUGGGUAAAAACACUUUCCAAAGAGCCAGCAGCAGCCACGUUACAGAAGUGACUGUACGUCUUCCCACCAUAGCGGCCUGACCAGGAGUGCAUUUCAUUCAUUCCGCGUCUAAAGUCACUGGUGCUAUUUCAUAUUUCAGUAUUUUUUCCAAGCUGUAAUAUUAUUUUACAUUUUCCCACAUGGGGGCGCUGAUGACUGGCUUUAUGAGCUCACCAUAGCAACCGCUGCCAAAUAUUAAUCAGAAACCGCAGACUAAAAAUCACUUAUACCAGAUUCACAUAUCAACGUCUGUGAGAAUGAAAAAGUGGGAACAACGGGAAAAUCGACGCGUCUGUUCGUGACUCCUCGGGACCCUUCAGGCCUCCACAGGGGACACAGUUUGAACACAUUUCAUACAGAGCAUUUAGUAUUUUUGCAAUGUCAUUCUUUUAUAUGUAGCUGCUUCUUCUUGAUUAAUGAUGGUUUUUUUCAUGUUGCCAUUUCAAGAAAAUACUGACCUCUCAAGAACACUAGUGAUGCCUUUUUGGAAAUCUGGAGCGACUUCAUUUUUGUAACCUUUAAUUCUGCGUGUUUUCUAGUCAUGAGAUAAUGUUGAUAAAUGUGACCGCACCAAAAUCUCACUAUGUUUUCCCUGAGUGUGGGGGAUUCCACUGGAUUUCUGUGUUUGAAUGUUAUUUUUUCUUCUUCUCUCUGCCUCAGGUUUGUCUCAUAACUAACCGGUUGUGUCUCAUUGAAGUGGAAAAAGUUUUAAAUGUGACUGGAACAGAACUCAUUUUGCUGUACAGGUUUUGAUGAUAUCACAGUCAGGGAUUCAAAUAUUCACCCUAAACAGAAAUAGGGCAUGCAGAGAUUUGUGUUGAGUUCAUUUCCUUGUGAGUCAAUGUUGUGUAGCUGCUGAAGGUGGAGCCAAUUUGAUGUCAUGUGAUGAACUUGUUCAAGAUUCUGUUUAUGUUGUGAUUAAAUGCACUGAUGUGACCGAAAUUACUGCAGAAAUGUAAACUAUGGAUCUUCUUUGCGACUUGUCAUGUUUGAUGGGUAUUGUUGCCUUUCUUAACCCUCCUGUUGUCCUCAUUUACGGGCACCAAAAAUAUUGUUUCCUCGUCUGAAAAAAAAUCCAAAAAUUCAGCAAAAAAAAAAUUUGCCAAAUUUCUGAAAAUUUGCAAAACCUUCAAGAAGAAAAUUCCAAUAAUUCCUUAAAACUUUUCAUUUUAAAAAAAAUCCCCCAAAUUUGGCAAGAAAAUUCUAAUAAAUAUUUUCAAAAAAAUGAGUAAAACUCUUCCAAAAAACAUCCUAAAAAUAUCUAAAGUGAUUACAUAUAUAUCAGUAAAACUUGUCAUAUUCUCUUAAGAAGAUUUACAUAAAAAUCAACCAAAAUCCAGCGAAAUUUGUUAGAUUUUGGUUGUUUUUUGUGUGAAUAUUCUUAAGAAAUAUAUUAAACUUUUUUUCCACUAAAAAAUGUUCAAAGAUUUCCCAAAACUGUUGAAAAUGUGGACAUCAGAAGUUUCAUUGUGGAAAUAUAUUUUUUUCACAUUUUCAAACUUUGAAACGGGUCAAUUUUGACCCGCAGAACAACACGAGGGUUCAUACUAUACAAUUGUAGUAAACCAGCUAAACAUCAUGUGAAGUGAUACUAUGCAUAAUGCCGAAACUAACGCCUCAGAUUCAGACACCAUUCCAGGUCAACGUGUGAGAUGUUUCUAACACUUUUUUUACUUCAUUCACUUCUUGAAUGGCUCAUGUCAUCCCAAACUGCUGGGAAAUAACAAAUAACACACUUGUGUAGUCAUAAACUGCCUAAAAACGGAGUAUUUUGUAUGUCUUGGAGGGUUUUAGUAUUAAAAACGUGAUCUCUCA